GCACCUGAAGUUAGAAAUAAGUUUGACUUUGACAUUACAAAUUACAAGUUGAAGCAAAACAAUUUAAUCUUAAAAGUAAUUUCAUUUUUUCUUGGUAUUAAUUUUAAUUUAAAUAGAACAUGGUGUUAAAACGGGUUUUACAAUUAUAUGGAGAAAUUUGUACACAUUUGACAAAUAUUGGUCUUUAUGAUGAAAUUCCUCCAUGUUGUUUAUUUGACAGCAUUUAAUUUCAUUCGAUUUUGUAAAAAAAACUAAUGAAUAUCUUUAAAACAAAAAAUAUUUCUUACUAUAUCAUAUUUGAUAGCUGUAAAUCAUAAACUUACGAUGAAACUUUCAUGGGAAAUUGAUAUGAGACAUCAAUAUGUGAUGCGCGCCUAUUUUCCAGUGAUUCCUAACCUCAAUCAGCCAGUGUUUUGAUCAUUAACUGUUUGUAAAUAUUUUCGCGUUAUUAUUAUUUUAUGACAAUAGUGAUUAAAUGCAGUGGCAGUGCUAUACUAUAUAUUUGAACUGAGUUAGUCAGACAAAUACGUGAAAGCAGUUUAAUAACAUGGAACAAUUUAUUUCUUCGCAGAGAAAUGGAAAAGACAUCGAUUCCCCAACAAAAGAUAAAAUAUUUGACCCUUCAAUUGAUAUGCUAGUGAAUGAUUUUGAUGAUGAACGUACAUUAGAAGAGGAAGAAGCUUUAGCUGCUGGAGAGUUUCAAGAUCCAGAUGCUGAAUUGUCUAGUUUACAAAAGGAGAGUAAUAUGCCCCUUGAAGAAUUAUUAGCUUUGUAUGGUUAUAGAGGUGAAAAUCAGGAAAACGAAAGUCCUGUAGAGGAAAAAGAAGAGGACGAACCCAAUGAUUGUAGCCCUGGAACAUCACGCCAAAUGGAUGAACAAGAGAGUCUACCUUCUCCUCCAGAGGAACCUUCAAGAUUGAAAGAACUUUAUGAACCUAUACCUGAGAAUGACCAUGAUGAGUCACGUUUGUUACGCUCUGUGUCUAGAGUGAGUGAAGAAGAAGAAGAGGACUAUGAUUAUAGCCCAGAUGAAGAAGAUUGGCGAAAGGUUAAUAAGACUAUUAUGGUUGGUAGUGAUUAUCAAGCACAAAUUCCCGAAGGUUUGUGCCAUUAUGAUGAUGCCCUUCCAUAUGAAAAUGAAGAUAAGUUAAUUUGGGACCCCUCUGUACCUGGAAUUGAUGUAGAAGAGUUUUUGAUGAAAGCGUCUGCCAUAACUAAACCUCCCAUACCCUUAGGUACACAGUUGAGAGAUGACGAGCAAGCUUUAUAUAUGUUACAACAAUGUGGUCACAACAUCGAUGAAGCAUUGCGCAGGUUGAGAAUGACAAUACCUGCUAAUUCAGCAGAGACUAUGAAUGAAAGUCUUUGGUCUGAAGAAGAAUGUAGAAAUUUUGAAUCCGGUAUAAGAUGUUAUGGAAAAAACUUCCAUAAAAUACAACAAGAUAAGGUGCGAACAAGGUCUGUAGGAGAGCUUGUUCAAUUCUACUACCUCUGGAAAAAGUCAGAAAGACAUGACAUUUUCGCAAACAAAGCUAGGUUAGAAAAGAAAAAAUAUGCGCUUCAUCCAGGACUAACUGAUUUCAUGGACAGGUUUCUAGAAGACCAAGAUAGUCGGGAUAGAAGCUCUUCUCCUAAUGUGCCUUGCAGUGGUGGAAAUGGGAAGGCAUCACCGGAUGCUUGAUCUCUUUUAUACAGUUAUUGGUUACACAGAAUGAACCAAAUUAUAGCUAUAAAAUCUGUAUCCAAUUCAGUACAUCACUUAAUAAUAUUAUCGAUUGAAAGUAUAUGAGUUAUUUUCAAUUUUACAUGUUAUUAGGUCUAAAUUUUUUCCAUUCAGUGAGUUAAUGUUUCAUAAAAUUGAUUUAUUUUAAACAUUGUUGUGUGUAUUUAUCGGACAAUUUAAUUUUAUGAUUUGUUUUAUGCUUUUCAUAAUAUUGUUAUUACAAGUAUUUAUUAAGGGUCUCAUCUAGUGAUGUCGUGAGUAACGUUUUAUAAAGUGCGUCUACUUGUACAAAUCACGUAACUCAUUAAAAUGAAGACAAUAUAAACUUCUCAUUUUGGUCAUCAAAAAAACCGUCGAAUAUUUUUUAAAUUUAUUUUGCAUCAAGCUAUGUGGAGGUUUUCGUUCUUACAUUGUAUUGGCUACAUGUCAUGAAGGGCGAAGCUUCCUUGGAUAUGCCUUGCUACAUUUCCAUAUAAAACAGUCAAUUGCUAAUGUCAAGAUAUACUCGCUUUGACUUGAUUUUACUUAAGUGCUUCCGUAUAAUCCCAUUUUCUCUUUGCCUUUCAUUUUAUUUUUCUUAUGUAAGCCUAAACAUGAAUUUUAACGUUAUUAGUAAUGCUUUUCAACCCUUAUUUGACACACUUAUUGCCACAUGGGAUCUAUUAAACCUCACGCCGAAAAAAGUUUAUUAUUCCUCAAGUGCUUAAUAUUUUCAUUUAAAACAUUUUUUGUAAGAUAUUUCAAUGUAUUAUUUAGAGAUCGAAUGCAUAGUAAAAUUUGAAUUUCAAUUUUUAAGUGCUGAAAAAAAUAAAGUAUUCGAAAAAGUGAAAAACUUUUCACAAAAAUGAGCCGCAUUUUUACAAUUUUUAAUAUUUUAAGAACAAAAGUUUCGAGGUAUAGUACAAAGGUAUUUAUUUUGCAAUAUAAAGUGUGAAAUAAAUUUUUUACAUAAAAAAUGUGUAUUACAAAAACACGUAACUAUUAGCAACAAAUAAACAUAAACAAAAAUACAAUUCUAAUCAUCACCAGCACAAUAAGUGCAUAUAUAUGUACGAUGCAAAUGGCGCAUAUGCCUCGCGCACGACGGCACUGCAAUUUGUUUUGCAAUCAGCUGACCAUUUGCAUAACGCGCAUCUCAUUGCUAAUCCUUCUCCUCUGUAGGCCCAGUCUAAGGUCUGCACACAAGGUUAGGUUCUUGUGCCGAUUUUCCAAGAAUGGUUUAAUCAAGUACCUUGCUAAUUUUUGUUAACAAUCUCUGCUUGUUAUGUGUUCUUUAGAAUUGAUAUUGUGUUGACAAAUGGUAACCGUUGGCCACGAUGUCGGGUACGCUCUCUAGCGUCUAAUAGACGGGGGUCGUUUUCUUCAUCUUCCUCCAUUUCCAUGGAACUUUCACCAGAGAUGUUGUCUUUCGGAAAUGAAUUGUCAUCUUCGGAGACAUGUUCUUCCUCGUCGGAAGACGCUUGGCUAAUUGGCUCGAUAUUGUCAUCCUCAGCAAAGAGCAUCUCUCGAACAGCUCGUGGUCGCAAAUUAUACGCCAUCUAAAAAACUUCCAAAUUAACUUGAAAAUAAAAAACAUAUAGCAUAGUAUAAACUUCCAAAAAAUUUAAUAUUACAAACAUUUUUUUUAAUUUUGAACUCAAAAAUAGUUGACACCUGCUGGUACAAUGGACCCCACCUCAAUUUCGACACUGCUUUGAGCUAAUGCUGCAUACAACUGAUGCCUUACAAGUAACAGGUGGUCUAACAUCUGAGCUAUAGGUAGAGGGCGCGGCAAAUCAUAUUUUUAGCGGGAUCAUUUAAAUACAUAAAACUAUAUAUAGUAUGGGGUCCACUGAACCCCACGAGUCAAUUGAGGGUUAAAAUCAUUCAUUACAUCUAAUUUUAGAUUGGCUACAGUACAAAGUUGAGAAUUUUCUAUUAUAACGAGUAAUAAGAAAUAUUAAUUUCCGAUUUAUUCCCUUUAUGCGAGGCAAAUAAUUGUGAAAUUAUUAAUUCUUUUCAUAUUUCGUUGAAGUAUAACAUGAUUAAUAAUUUGAUGAAUGGUUUUUACUUUUGAAAAAUGACACCAAAUUUUUACUACCCACUUGUCAUCUGUUUCUUAGAUUAUCAUUAUUUAAUUUAAUUCCUUAUGUUUAAAAAUUAUAAUAUGGACUAUAUUUUUAUAUUAUUUAUAAGACUACCUCAUUAAAAUAUCAAAAAACUUACAUGACUAUUACUGGUAUUAUGUAAUUAACAAAUGUCAUUGCAAAAACUUCCAGAGUGGUAGAUUGAAUGGUUAUAGCAUUAUUCAUUUUGGAAAUUAUUGUGGUGCUAUAAGAAAUCUGUUGAACUUUAACUUGAAAAUUACAAUUCACAAUUCAAUUUUGUAUGGAAAUACCUCCGAAACAGCUUGAAAUUACUCUAAUAUUGCUCUAUAGUUUGCAAUAGUGGCUCUUCCAUAUAAAUGUUGUUCUCUGCUUUAUUUCUCAAUUUUAAAUAUACGACAUGACUGACACCACAAUUUUUGUACAUGUAAAUGGGUUAAGUUGGAACCUUUGAUGGUAUUCGUACUGAACACACUAUUUACAUCAACACUCACGCGUGUUUCGAUACCAAGUUAUCGAAAUACGGACCGGACAAUGUAAUCGUGAGUGUUGGUAUUGUGGUGGUGGAACAGUGUGUUCAGAAUAUAAAUGUGUUACUGUAUUAGGCUGCAGUUACAGUGAACACGUGUUUUGAUGAUCUAUAAUUCUAACAAAUUGAGAAUAUAGCAAAUAAUUUGCAAUUUUGGAAUGCCUCUGUUUUCAUAAAUAUCUACCAUAUUUAACGAACAAAUUAAAACACUUUAAUUAAUGAAAGGUGGAACUCAUAAUACUUCAAAAUCUGUUAGAUCGCCCAAACAAAUUUUGCGAAUAUUUUAGAAUGUUUUCGUACAUGUUUAAAUAGAUUCCUGAAAGGAUAGAAGAAAUUAUACUAACAAAUCAAAUAUUGACAAACAUAAGCCCCUAUUAUGAUAGUUUUUCAAUACAUACCCUAAAAAGAUGAAAUAAUUUUCCUGACAAACUUUUAUUUAUAAAAAAAAUUUUUCUUUUUAUACUUAUAGUUAGUCAUUAACUACAUAAGAGAAAAAUACAACAGACUUGAGACUCUUUUCUGUAAUAUGUGGUGGAAAAUAUUCAAGUUUGGUGUAAUGAGAUUUAAAGCAACUGUAUUUUACUUGAUAAUUUUGAUGAUCUUUUUUGGACGUCAUAGUUCAACAAUUUUCUUAUAUUUCACAGUUCUGAACAAUAUUAGCAUUUAGUCAGGAAUGUUCUUCACCAAAUAUUUUCCAAUUUUCUAUGUUUACUUUCUAAUUCAAAACAAGAUUUAACUCAUAUAAUUCAUAUUAGUUUUAUAAUUUAAUAUAUUAAUAUUGGUAUCUCUGGCAGAAGCGUGGCUUAAAAAAAUCCCCCAGCGGCAAAAAUAUGAUAAUAAUAAUUGAAUUAAUAUUUGACAAUCACAGUAUCACUAUCACUCAAGCUUUACAAGUGAUAAAAUCUGUAGUAAACUGCCUUAAUUUGAUAUUUAUUGUAACAUUUAUAUUACCUAGAAGGAAAAACUGCUGCAAUGAUUUUAAAUAUAAAGUAGAACAUAAAUAAAUGUUUGUUAUAAAAAAAGAAUAGUAUUUGAUUACUUGAAUAAAAGGAAUAAAUUAUCAAAAUAUUUUGAGAAAGACUUAAAAUUAGUCGAAAUGUCAAAAUUUAUCUCUUUUAAAAAUCAUUAAAAAAAACUAAUUUUAAAACAGAAGACACCUAAAAUCAAGAAAAUUUAGAAACAUAAACAUAUCAAGAGGUCUAAGAAAUAAGAAAUUAAAGAAAUACAUAAUUUGAUAUCGAUAAAUUAAAUUUGAAAAACAAAUAAGGAAAAAAGAAAUAAAAAUAUUAAUUAAUUAUGGUUUUCUUUACAAACAGGCAUCGCCCAGGGGUUCGCGAACCAUUGGUUGUGAAUCACUCCUCUAUUAUAAUCGGUUAGAUGUUUUUCGACACUUACAUAACCUAUUGUGAUUUACUCCAACAGUUUAUUUACUAUCAGUGGUUUUUAUGUUAAAAAAAAAUGAUUUCAAUGCUUGCAAAUGAUCACUUGUACUGAUAAAAACUACAUAUGUAAUAAAUAAGUUUAUUGAUUGAACAAUUCAUAAUUACCAGAAAAAAUAAUCGUUGAAAAUACUUAUGUGAUUGUAAAAAAUCAUACUUAACAAAAUGGAGUGAACAGACUCUCAUACUGGGAGUUACAUUUUUUCCAAUUUGCAACGCUCUUAUCGAAGCUAUACGUAUAUCAAUCAUUUCUUUCUCACCAAAUUUGUUUAUUCUUUAAACAAAAUGUUUAUUAGAAUGUGGAAAAUGGAAAAACUCAAAUUUUCCAUCACGACAAACUUUGCUUUUACAACCAAAUACACAUCAACACACUUUUAUUUUUUCUUGCUGGGAAUUCUAUAACAACAAUUCUUCAAUUUUUAGAUACUAAUUGUUAAAAAUUAUCACUUUAAAUAAUAUAGAAUCAAGCAAUAAAAUUAAAAAUAUAAUUAUUUCCACAUAAAUAUUUGUAUACUAGCAAUCAACUGUUAUUGGUUCGACCUACCUACUCUGGUAUUAAAUAUCUCCACUAGAUGGCGCACCUGAGUGCUAGAGAUCCCAAUAGAUAUUUAAACAGAUUAAAAAAUAUUAAUGAAAUUCGAUUCGAUAAAUUUCUUUGAAGUUUUAAAAUGAUGAUAAAAUAAAUUGGAAAAUCUCGUUAAAGGAUUUAGUUUGUUGGAUUAGUUCUUUGUAGAAAAACUUACUACUUAGAGUUACUGCUCUAGAAAAUUUGGAAAUAUUUUAAUUUUUGAUUGUACUAAUUGUUUCUCUUGUUGAACAGCACAAACUUAAGCAAUGUACUAUGUAGCUGACAAUCUCGUUAAAUAUAUAAAAAACGCGAUUUAAGUAGCACAUUGAACAUUUUCUUCGUUCUAGUGAAUCUAUAUUCACCUGGAACUGAAAUAAUUUAUGAAGUUGCAGAUAGGUUAAAAGUGUAUAUAUCAUAUAUUUACAUGCAAAUGACGAUCAUACUUUUGUAUGUAAUAAAUAAUCAUUAGGUAAGGAAAAGCUUCUUCGAAAUAAUAUCAAAUAUUGUUGGGCCUCACAUUAGUAGAAGAAACUAUAAUAAUGUCGUUUUCCUAAACAAAAUAUGAAACAGAAAAUUGACAAAUUUUUACAAGGGUAUAUUUAAGUUGAUUAUUGUAUUAUUGUAUUGUAUCAAUGAGUUAAUUAUUUUUAUUAGAUUCAAAAAUCGUUCCAGAUGAUUUGAAGAAAACAUACCAAUGAUCUUGAUAAUUCCAUCUAAAUAAUAAACUGUUAAUUUUGAAUAACUAGUAACUCUUACUGCCGCAGUAGUUAAAGUUCUAUUAGUAUAUUUUUUAAUAGGGUACUUGAAUUUUUUAAAAAGUAUUUAUUUCUUUGUUUAUUUUAAAAGGACUUGUAAUAAAAUAAUGUCAGAAAGUAAAAUAUUUAAUCAAAAGUGAAAAAGUAAGAUCUAAAUAUUCAAUUGAAAUUCCAAAAAUUUCAAAUUCUCAAUCACAUAAGAAAACGAUUCUCAUUGGUUUUCAGUUGUGACAUCUUAGGUUUAACGAAAACAUUGAGCAGUUGUCUGCUUGAUUAUCAUGAGGUUAUCGUUGUCAGCAAUGUGUGUACUGUUAUAAUACAGUUUUUAUUUAUUAGUUACGUAUAAAUAAAACAUUUUUGUGUGAAUGUGAAUUGCUAAAAUCUCCUCGAGAUAUCUAUCAGCCUUCUUCCGUGAACACAGUCGCCCCUAUGAAUGAACACAGGGUCGGUUAGUGCUCCUAUAGAAAUUGUAUCCGAAAUCAAACAGCAACCACCUUCGUAAGCACUCCGCUCUUCAAAGCAGCAACCACCUUCGUAAGCACUCCACUCUUCAAAGCAGCAAUCUGUAAAUUGCUCUUUUGGUCUUCGGUAAACUUCAGUGGCUACCAUGGAGGCAUAUUCUGGUCACAUCUGAGAACAGCACAGAUCCUCAUUGUUCCAACAUCCAAUUCAGAUGAACCUUUGUAAAACGCAGGCAUGCUUGCCGAUGAGCUGGAGUAAGUUUUGGACCAAUCUCAGGUGUUUUAGGGAUAAGGUUCUUUUUCUGCAAUCUUCGUCUUACUGUCCACUGACUAAUAGUUACUCCUCGUACCACACGGAACUGUCGUGACAAUUGACGAUUUCUUAAUGUUGUUGACACAAUAAAGCGGUCAUCACAAGCAGUUGUAAAUCGCCUUCUGCCUGUUCCAGGUCGCUUGUGAAAUUAUCCAGUCUCCACAUAACAUAAUAAUUUAAAAAAAUAUAUAGUAAAAGUCAAAAGUUUACAGUGGCAGUCAUUUGGUAAAGAAACGAAGAAAAUUUGAGACGAAUAAUUGAGGAAACCUCUGAAAAGGCAUCUGAACAGUGUUUUGAAGUGUGGUAUUUUUCGAUUGCAAAAUCAUUAUAAUUUGAUUCGCUUGAACCAAAAUUUAUUUUGACAUUAAUUUACUUUUUAAUGGUGAAUUAACUAAUAUGUGUUGAUUAAAUUGAAACUAAUAAGCUGAGGCAAUGGCUCUAAAUAUCUUGAGAGUUUGAUACAUUAAUUGGUAUUUAAUUAUUGGAAAAUACAUUUUGAAAUGAGUCAAAAUCAAUGUUCAUAUAUUGUUUCGUCAAUGAAUUGUUAAAUAUCCAAUAGAGCAAAAAUUUAAGUUAAUUCUUUUAAUUUUAUCAAUAAUUGAAAAUAAUAAGAGCAAUAAAAAUCAAAUUGAAAAUUCUUUGUCGAAAUUUCAAUUGCCAGUAUUUAACAUUUGGUAUAAAUGAAGUUAGUCCGUCCAUUUUCUUAUGAACUUUCAUUUUGAUUUUAGUCUACUAGUAAUGCAAAUAUUUUUUGUAGUAGUGUCUUAUCAACGUUGCCAUCAUUCUCGAGUAAAAUUUUUUUAUUUGCAUCGGCAACAGUGGGCUAGUUUUUGAACACCCUAAUAAUUAUUCAGAAUUUUAAUCAAGUUGUAGUUUUGUUCGCGGUAGAUAUCCUGAACAUGUUUUGGCAUGGUUCGAAAUUGUGCGUUCGCAGUGUUCGUGGAGCACAUAUUUCUAAUUCUGAACGUGUUCUGAAUACGUCCAAUGUAUCCUCGGGCAUGGGCAAGGCUCUUGUACAAAUAUCAAAAAUAAACCUUCGGCCUGUUAAUUAUAUACAUUUUAUUUUUCUAGCUAGUUUUGAAUUCAAAUUAUAAUUUUAGAUGUUUAUAAAUCGUUCGUGGAGGAAUGUAUGUUCAGAACUAAUCCUGAACAAAGCAUGCGCAUUUGACACGUUCAAAAGAUAUGCAGAAUACCUUCAGAAUGUGUUCACAUUAUAUAGCGCGAACGAAGCUAAGUUGUAAUUCUAAAUUAAUGUUAAAUGUUUGUGAAAAUUAUGUGACAUUUAGAAAUCCAAAACAUAAAUUUUUAAGUCCAUACAACAUCAUGACUGUUACCAAACAUCAAAAAAUUGUGAUGGACUCAUAUAUGUAAUACUUCUACAUGGACAGUUUCUAUAAGUGAUCAAACUAAGGAAGACAAAAUAGCAACAAUUUCUCUAUCCUCGGAAGUUCCAGCUCGGUUCUGCGCAUUCUCAUGCAUGCGCAGUAUAGAUAAAGUGUCUCGAACGAGAGAGAAAAUGACUAUUGUCGGCACCGUGACGUAUGGACGUUUUUUUCCAUACCCACUGACCA